UUUCCUUCCUUACACAAAAAGAAUAACAAGCCAUGGUGGGUCCAUGCAGAGGAACCAGUUCCGCUUUCGCUUAACAAAGCCAAUCCCAUGGGACUGGUCUGAGUUUCUGACCAACGAGGGGUGACUUCACCGGAACCACUCCUAAAGGAAACGCUUCCGGAACUGAAGACCCCACUUCACAGCCAAACUAGUCCUAAUUUCCACCCUAAAGCAUCACCUUCUCUUUCCUCCUCUGCCGCCUCCACCACUUCCACCUGAAAUAGAUCCCGUACCCCCUCCUCCCUCUGGCAAAACCCUAAAUCUAACCACAAAAUCCCAUGGAUGAAUCGUUCAUGUUAAUGCUCUCAAACCUCCUCCACCUCCACAACGCCCUAGACCCAUCAACCCCUCUCCUCUCCUCCCCCUCAUCCUCCUCUGCCUCCUCCCCUUCCUCCCUCCUCUCCUCCUCCUCCCCUACCCCGCUCCUCUUCUUCACUCUCGCUUCCCUCCUCUCCUACCUCGCCUCCCAAAAAAAACCGGCCUCCACUAAACCCCCCUCUUCCACCUCCACCACCGCUACAAACCCAGAAUCCUCCUCCUUCUCCGUCUCCGCUUUCCGGGCACUCUCCACCGAACACAUCUGGUCAUUAGAAGCUCCUCUUCGCGACGCGCAGUGGAGGACACUGUACGGGUUAUCUUAUCCUGUUUUUACUACUGUUGUUGAUAAAUUAAAACCCCAUAUUACUGCUUCUAAUCUUUCUUUACCUUCUGAUUAUGCUGUUAGUAUGGUUCUCUCUAGAUUAGCACAUGGGUUUUCUGCUAAAACACUUGCUUCGCGGUAUUCUUUAGAGCCUUAUUUGAUUUCUAAGAUUACUAAUAUGGUUACUAGAUUGCUGGCUACUAAGCUUUACCCUGAAUUUAUUAAGAUUCCUGUUAGUAGACGUAGGUUGAUUGAGACUACCAAGGCAUUUGAGGAGUUGACUUCUUUGCCUAACAUGUGUGGCGCUAUUGAUGGGAGUCCAAUUAAGGUGAAAUGUGGGGAUAAUGAGGGGAAUGUGUAUAAAUGCCGAUAUGGAUAUUCCUCAGUUUUGUUGCAGGUUGUGGCAGAUCAUAAGAAGAUGUUUUGGGAUGUGUGUGUGAAGGCACCGGGUGGAAGUGAUGAUGCUAGUCAUCUGAGGGAGAGUUUGUUGUAUAAUAGGCUUGUUUCAGGUGAUGUUGUGUGGGAUAAGGUGAUUGAUGUUAGGGGUCAUCAUGUUAGGCCGUAUAUAGUUGGGGAUUGGUGUUAUCCGUUGCUGUCAUUUCUUAUGACACCCUUUUCACCCAAUGGGUCAGGGACUCCAGCACAGAAUUUGUUCGAUGGCAUGUUGAUGAAGGGGAGGUCUGUAGUGGUGGACGCUAUUGCAUUGUUGAAGGGGAGGUGGAAGAUUUUGCAGGAUUUGAAUGUGGGUCUUCAUCAUGCUCCACAGACAAUUGUUGCUUGCUGUGUGUUGCAUAACUUGUGCCAAAUUGCAAGGGAACCAGAGCCAGAGACUUGGAAGGAUCCAGAUGAGGGUGGGGUUCCAGUGAGAGUGCUUGAGAAUGAGAAGUCUUUUCAUUAUUUUGGAGAUAGCUUGAGGCAGGCGCUCACUGAAGAUUUGCACCAGAGACUUUCUUCGAGAUAGAUUUAUGAUCUGAUGAGAGUUUGUUUUCAAGCCUUCACUUCUCUGUAAGGAUAAAUUCUUUAGUAAUUCUAACCCGGUUUAGGUAUUUUGUGGGUUUUCUUUUGCUUAUCUAGCUUCUUUGGAAAGUUUUAAAUGUAAGUUUUCUGCAUCAGUGAACUCCACAUGUAAUCAAUUUUCUGUACUUUACUGAGUGAGCUAACUUGGAAAUUCAAAUUCUCUAAUCAGAGAGAAGCCAGAGAACCUUAGUUGGAGGUAUCAGUACUUUUGUUACAUGUCAUUGUUGCUUCAUAAAAUGAAUGUAUGUUUUCCCUCUUGUAUGA